AUGUCCAACGACAGCAGGGUCACUGAGGAGGCUUUGGUGGACGAGGACGAGGUAGAGGCUGCAGUUCGGGAACUCGCACGGACCAACCCUAUGGUUCUCAGCAAAACGACAGUGGAGCAGUGCAAGCCGAGGGGGAGGCGCCAGCAGCUUAGCCCGGAAGAGGCACCUGCGCAAUAUCAACGGCAUCCACUCCACUACCUCGGCCUCGCACCAAAGCUCACCGCCCAUAACCUUCACCAUGACGACUAUGCUGGCGUCAGCCCCAACCAGGAUGACCCCAUGGUCAUAGCCGUAAAGUUAAGCCCGGAGUUGCGGCAACAGAUCGAAGCUGAGAUCCUCAAGAACACCAACCUCUUUGCUUGGUCCAGUGUCGACAUGCUAGGUAUAAACGCUGACUUCAUCUGUCGCAGGUACAACCUAAUCAUCAUGUACCCACCAGACGAGGUGCACACGUCAUUCAUCACUAAUCACUCUAAUUACUGCUAUCGAGUGAUGCCCUUCGGUCUCAAGAACGCGGGUGCCACUUACCAGCGACUGAUAGACAAGGUUUUCCACCAGCAGAUUGGCCGGAAUAUGGAGGUCUACGUUGACGACAUGGUGGUCAAAACCACCUCAGCCGCGGACCAUGCUGCCGACCUCGUCGAGGCGGAGUAUGAGGCACUGCUAGCAGGCCUAAGGUUGGCUCGCGACCUCGGGGCUCGGAGAGUUAGUUGCAACAGCGACUCGAAGCUCAUGGUAGAGCAACUCAGCGGAACAUACCAGGCCAAGGACGUCCUCCUACAAUG